AUGUUCAUAUCUGGCUUAAGCACCAUCUGUACUCCCUUUCCGGUCCUGGAAACCGGCAUGGUCCAGAUGACAGGAUUGCAGGGAACUGUCAGAACUGUCUCUGUUGGUUCAGCAGCUGGGCUUAUGACAGCCAUAGCUGACUGCAAAGGCGAUGUGGCGAGCUGGAACACCGCUCUCCCUGCAGGGAAACACUGGAGCGUAAUUUCCGGCUUUGUCUUGGGUGCUCAAAAGUGGCGAGCUAGAAUGCCUAUCUCCCAGCAGGGGAUAAGGGAUAUUGCCCCUUUUUUGCACUUAAGAGAGUUGACAGUCGCCGUGGAUGAUCACGUCGGUUGCAACAGGAUACCAGCUAUCAAUCGGGACCAUUCGUACAGCAACAUGAAGCCUUUCAUUUUCAUCGCUGCUGUCUUGAAGGUAGCAGAGGUUGUGUCUGCCAAUGACCUAGCCGUGAUGGAGACCCCGGUAGACACAUGGUGCAUCACAUACCUGUCUACCUACCUUGCUGCGGUCACGAACCAAGCCGGCCUCUCGCCAACGGAUAGACCGGACAAUGAAGUACUAUCUGCACAGAGUUCUGGCCGACUCCCCUUUGCGCCAUCUAUUCGUCCUACUUUUGCGCGAAACACUUCGGUAUCCAUCACAAGAUCCACUAUGAGUACGGAAAUUGGUCCCGAUGGCGCGCUUUUUACGUCAGACGUGGUGAAUACUGCUGAUACGUCUCCCGUAAACUCUGAGUCCUCCGACUUGGACGUCGAUCCGACCGCCAUACAGUCCAGUUCUGCAAUCCUAACACUCACUGAUAGUCCCUCUACCGCGGUGACCCCCACAACUGACGCAGAAGCUACUACAACGGCCAUUGACAUCAUUGAACCUGCUGGACGAAACGUUAUCUUCCUAAUUCGCACGACCGAGAACCAGAAACGAUCCUUUUAUAAACGUGCAAACAACGGGUUUGUUGGAGACAACAACCCUGACGUAUGCACAUUCGCAGCUACCUUCAACUUGGCUGAUGGUGAAGGUCAGCUCUUUGCUAAAGGCCUACCUAUCCAUUAUGCUGGUGAGGACUUCAAAGAGCUAUCUGCACAGGGUCGUCCUCCUAGGGGCAGUGUCACGUCGGGAUUUACCGACUCUGGUGGCUCACUUGUAUUUAGGAACUCGGAGCUACCGAGCGGUGAGGCAGGGUUCUGUCAAGAUGCAGAUGGUCAGAUUUAUAUCACCUUUACUACUGGACCAUCGGGGUGCACGCCUGUGAGCCUAAGCAUUUACAAUGUCGAGCAAUGUCAGAACGGUAGACUGGUCGGUCUGGGUGACUUGACGUCAAGUGGCUCUGGAACUGUUACUGCGACAGCAGAGGAUAUUCUCUCCACUCAAUCAACAUCUGGAGAGCUCCCGGAGUCUACUGGCCUCGUUUCAUCCGAUUCGAUUAGUUCAGCGUACCAGACAUCCAAAUUUGAGGCAUCCGCCACGGUCACUGAAUCAUCAACACAGGGGCCAGGCGAUGCAAGCAGUCAAGAGACGUCUGCCUCAACUGCUAGGGAAGAUGUUGAAACCCUUUCAAGUCUGUUAACCACGUUAGGCAAUCCAGCCUCUGAGCCUCCAACUGCUUCGACUUCCCAACUUGCAACGGAGACAUCUGAUCUACUGGACUCCACCACAGAAUCCCAAGCUACAACAGGGGUUGAGACGUCUGGUACAGAGACUACCAUCAUGACUUUGUUUUCGGAAACGACCGUCAUUCCUGUAACAACAGAAACUACUGGAGUUGACACAUCUAGUACAGAGGCCAUUAGCGAUAUCGAUACCAUAACUACAGAUAUUGAGGACACUACUACGGCUAAUACCGAAAUAACCACUCUGCCUGAGGACCCCACUACCGCCGAAGCUGAGACGACAACAGAAGAGAUGACUACUACGGCUGAUCCAACGACAACCACAGGACCCCCACCUGAACCAACACCACAAUUUGCCUGCGGCGAUGCCGGAUUCACUGAAACGUAUACUUAUAGCGGCGUUACCUUUGACGUGCUAUGCGAUCGAGGCUUUAGCUACUUUCCACUGGACAAUGUUGUGGCUGCAAGCUAUGGCGAAUGCAUGAGACGUUGCGCACUGAACGGUGCUUGCGAUGGAGUUGUUUGGGAAGAGGAUAGUAAAGCCUGUAGUUUAACACAGGGGUUGACUGCUAUUGGGGAAGAUAACCAAUAUGACCUUGCCAAGAACAGUGAUUCUGGGCACGAUCUUCUCAUAGCUCUGGCUAAUCAGAACAACCUGGCUCAAAUAUCAAGAUACAUCAGAUCGAAGCUGACUAGCAGGGAGGCCCGAAUAGUCGACGCUCACAUACGGCUACAUCCCGAUAUGGUAGAGCAAUUUGUGGAUGCUAUUCCGCAGGAAAGUGAGAUUAACGAUAUAAGAUGGACGACAGGCGUAGUAGAAAUGCUUGCCGGCAUGGGACUUGGUGCGCUGAAUAGGGGUUCGAGUGCUGUAGUCACUGCUGCUUAUGCGAUUGGCUCCACCGCGGGCGGAGCGAUUGUAAAUGGUCAGGUCGAAAGAUCAGAAGCAUCAACACUGACUCGCCGCAUUCAAAGAGAAUGGUUAUUGGACUUCGCGCAGCUUCAUGCUUGGCGCGUUUCAGAAGUCGUCAAUAUUCUGGAACGAUUUCAUGAUAACCUUAAAGUCAAUGACGGAGAGAGCCUACAUGAUGCUCUAAGGCAGUAUAUCUAUGGUUCUACCCCGAUGUGCUAUGUUUGGUACCAGGCAAUGCAGGCCUUUCAGAGUCAAGAAGACAUUGAUCAUCGCGUCCUUGUGUUAAUCUCAGAUGUGACAGUCAGCCUUACAGUGGACAGGGAUAGCCCGCAACGAGCCCUGUAUUACAAGACGGAACCUUCCUGGGAUGCGGGAACCCGAACAUUGUUUUCUUUGGCAAGCCGUGUUUCUGCAUCGAGGCACCCUAUUCCUGUCUUGGCCUCUAUUGGAUGGAGAGCCCCCUUUGAUGGAGAGGUCGCGCUAUUCUCCUCGGUAUGCAGUGCUACGACCCUGGAUGCAUUCUGUUCCUUAUUACUCUCUGCGCGGUUCGGCUCGGCAGAUGCGCUGUUGUAUAUCAUUGGCCGGAUCCAUUUUGACGAUUACAUUGACAACGCUCAUCUUAACGUCCGGAGACAACCCUCUGACCAAGGGAAAGCAGCCGUCUGCUACGCACAUGCAACAUCAUCCGUUGUACACAUGGCUCUACUGCGUAUCGUUUCCAGGGAUGGUGGUGUCCCAUCUUUCCAUCAGAUACGAACAAGAAUAUUGACAAGGUUCCCCGAAACAGUUGAAGGACGAUACGCUGUCGAUGUGUUAACAGAAGCUUUGGGUUGCAGCCCCAAAUCGCUCACCUCUCUCAACUCCUGGGGAAGCACAUGGGGAAGCAAAUGGGGAAGCAAUGGAAGUUUCACCAUCCAAAGCCCGCAAGCUCUCUGGCACAAAGACACAGCGAUGCAAUUCUAUGAUGUGUAUUGA